AUGGCGAACUCGUCCGUGCAGCCUACUGCCAAUGCACCCCCAGCUCAGGUCAAAGACAUGGAUGAAGCCCUCCUCGCGAGGAUCGGAUAUAAGCAGGAGCUUAAGCGCGAGUUCCGUCCUCUUGAGAUUUUUGCAGUGUGCUUCAAUGCCAUGGGGAUUGUGCCAACCAUAGCGUCAGUGCUCUUUGAUUCCAUCCCUUACGGAGGACCGGCGGCGAUGGUGUGGGGAUGGGUUACUGUCUUCCCUUUCAUCCUGUGCAUCGCCUUGGGGAUUGCCGAGCUUGCCUCUGCAAACCCCACUUCAGGUGGCUUGUACUACUGGACACACGCACUCUCCCCGCCAGAGUGCCGGAACUUCAUGUCGUGGAUGGUGGGAUACGCAAAUACAAUCGGCAACUGUACCGGUAUGGCCGCCGCUGAGUGGGCGCUUGCGAUACAGGUCAUGGCAGCUGCAAGCAUGGCUACGGGGGGAGCCUUCGUUGCAACUCAGUUGCAGACUUUUGCCGUAUUUAUCGCAGCGGCUCUUCUCCAUGGCAUGGUGUGCACGCUCGGCACAAAGGUCCUCGCAAGGCUCCAGCAUGUGAUUAUUCUGAUAGGUGUGCUUCUUAGUGUUUUGGUGAUCAUCGUACUUCCUGUCGUGACUCCAACGGAGCUGAGGAAUCCCCCUUCCUAUGUAUUCGGUGGUUUUAUCAACAUCAGCGGAUGGCCUUCGGGAUUCGCUUUCUGCCUUAGCUUUCUUGCUCCGUUGUGGACUAUAGCCGGAUUCGACUCAAGUGUGCAUAUGAGCGAAGAAGCUUCUAAUGCAGCAACUGUCGUCCCGUGGGCCGCAUUAUCUUCUGUCGUCUCGGGAUUCAUCCUAGGCUUAGCCGUAAACAUCUCCCUCGCGUUCUCCAUGGGCCCUUCCACUGACGCAGUUGUCAACUCGCCCUUCGGCCAGCCGAUGGCCCAGAUAUUCUUCGCCUCGCUAGGCCAGCGCGCCGGGCUCGGCCUCUGGGUUCUCCUCAUCGUGUCACAGUUCUCUGUCUGCGCUAGCUUCCUGCUUGUCGUCUCACGUCAGGUGUUUGCGUUCGCGCGAGAUGGCGCGCUGCCGUUUUCCCGAUACGUGUACAGCACCGGGUACGGACGCUGCAAAAUGCCGGGGUCGAUGGGCGACGGUGUACCGGUGAUGGCGGUGUGGAUGGUCGUCGCGGUCGCGGCGCUGUUGGGCCUGCUGAGCUUCGCGGGGGCGCAGGCGAUUAACGCGGUUUUUGGCAUGGCGAUUGUGGCGCUUUAUAUAGCGUUCAGUGGUCCUAUCGCUGCAAGGGUGUUGGCUGCGCGGAGAGGGCUCGAUGAGGCGGCCCGUUUCAGGCCUGGACCAUUUAAUUUGGGGUCUUGGGGCGUUCCGAUUGACCUGGUUGCCCUAACGUUUAUGGUCUGCAUGAUCAUUAUCUUUCUCUUCCCUGCUUCUCCUAGCACCACAGCGGCCAACAUGAACUAUGCUGUUGUUGUCUUAGGUGUGACGUUUGCGCUUGUUGUGGGGUGGUAUUACUGCCCGGUGUAUGGAGGAGUGCAUUGGUUCCGAGGACCGGUGGCCAAUGUCAAUACUGCAUUUGACUCUCUGCAAGAGAAUGAGACCAAGGAGCAGCCAGAACCAUAGAAUAUAGUAUGUUAUUCACGAGCUGGAUGCAGCUCUGCCCCCGUAAUAUAUGUGUCUUGUACUAAGCGAUCUCGGUCCGGAUUUAUAUGACAUCAAAU